AUGUCGGUAAAGGAGUGUGAUCACCACACAGGAAGAAAAAGAAUACUCUUCCAAAGAAUCUUCUGGGGAAUCAUAGUGUUCCUUUUCUUAGUCUUACUCACAAUUCUCCUCAUAUGGGCAAUCCUAAGACCAACCAAACCAACCUUCAUCCUCUCCGACAUAACCGUCUCCGCCUUCAACGCAACGCAGCCCAAUCUUUUAACCACCAAUUUCCAAAUAACCCUAAUGUCAAGAAACCCCAACGACCACAUCGGUAUCUACUACGACCGUCUCGACACCUAUAUCACCUACCGGAGCCAACAAAUCACUUACCGUACCUCCAUACCACCUUCCUACCAAGGCCACAAAGAAGUCGACGUCUGGUCGCCGGGGGUCUACGGCACUGACGUCCCUGUUGCUCCUUUCAACUUUCAGACACUCUCACAAGAUCAAUCUAACGGAAAUUUCUACGCUAUCGUUAAAGUUGACGGAAGAGUUCGUUGGAAGGUUGGUACUUUUAUUUCUGGUCAUUAUCAUCUCUAUGUUCAGUGUCCUGCUUAUAUCUCAGUUCGUAACGACGGUACCGGCGUUGACAUGGGAGCUAACGGCGCUUAUAUUGGAGCUAACGUCGUUAAGUAUCAGAUUGAUCGACGUUGCUCUGUUAGCCUUUGA